AUGGCAGACUGGGGGCCAGUGGUAAUUGGGGUUGUGCUUUUUGUGUUGCUACAACCUGGUCUUUUGUUUCAGUUACCAGGACACGGCAAAUCAGUGGAGUUUGGGAGUUUGAAGACGAAUGGCAAGGCUGUAGCUGUUCAUACUCUCAUCUUUUUCAUUGUUUAUGCUAUUCUCAUCUUGGCUGUUCAUGUUCACAUCUAUACUGGCUGA